AUGGCACAACACGUGCCUCAUCAGGCGAAGGAUAAGAGGCGCGUCAAGGUCUAUGAACUGCGCAAUAAUGACUGGUUCGAUAGAGGCACUGGCUUCUGUACGGCUGCCUUUACGCAGUCCGACGAUGGCCAGUGUCGCGAUGCUCGGGUAAUCGUUGAGUCUGAAGAUGAACCGGACCGCCUACUCCUCGAUACAAGUAUAUGCAGGGAAGAUGGAUUCCAGAAGCAAAGAGAUACCCUCAUCGUUUGGACAGAACCGAACAGCGGUCUCGACAUGGCCCUCAGUUUCCAGGAACCAGAGGGCUGCGCCAUGAUAUGGAAAUUCGUGAACAGUGUCCAACAAUCGACCCAAAAUGGGCUCGGCGCCGCAGACGACAAUUUGUCUGACGACCUUACUAUGGAUCUAGCUACGACGGUUUCCCUCCCCCCAGUCGAGCUAGGCAAUCUCAGCGAGAUCGAAACGAAGAUAAGGAUAGUGAGUUCAACAGGUGCAGGUAGGGACGCCCUAGCGAAGUACAUCCUUAAGGAGGACUACAUCCGCAAGAUGAUACCCCUUGUCGAGACGUCCGAAGACUUCGAAAGCCUACCAGACCUCCAUCGACUCUGCAACAUCAUGAAGACGGUUAUCCUAUUGAACGACCCGGCACUUAUCGAGCAUGUGGUCUCCGACGAAUGUGUCGAUGCGGUUGUCGGCGCUCUCGAGUACGACCCAGAUUUCCCGAACCACAAGGCGAACCAUCGCGCGUGGUUGAAUGGUCAGGGCCGCUUCAAGGAGGUCGUUCCUAUCGAAGACGAACAUAUUCGCCACAAGAUCCACCAGACCUACCGGCUUCAGUACCUGAAAGAUGUCGUACUGGCGCGCAUUCUCGACGACCCUACCUUUUCCGUUCUUAACUCUCUCAUCUUCUUCAACCAGGUCGAGAUCGUCCAACACCUCCAAGGGAACGCUAUAUUUCUCAAUGAACUCUUUGGAAUCUUCAAGUCGCCGAACCAGGACCCGAAGCAAAAGAAGGACGCCGUCCUGUUCAUCCAGCAGUGUUGCACGAUAGCUAAGAACCUCCAGCCACCCGCUCGUCAGGCUUUGUAUAACAACUUCCUCGCCCAUGGUCUCCUCCAAAUCAUCAACUUCGGCCUGCGUCACCCGGACGUGGGCGCAUCCAUGUUUUCAUACCUUAUCGAGAUACUCUGCUUUUUCAUCCGCCAGCAUUACCAUCGCAGCAAGAGUUUCGUGCUUCAGAGGAAGAUUUCACUGCGAAUCUUGCAGCUACUUCAAACCGAAGAGAAGUAUCUCAAGCUAGUUGCGAUCCGGUUUUUCCGCCAGCUCUUAGGCCUCCAAGAUGUGUUCUACGUAAAGCAUCUCAUCGACACAGAUGUCUUCGGUCCCAUCCUCGAUAUCUUAAUCGGCGUUAUGCCUCGAGACAAUCUCCUAGGUUCAGCCUGCAUAGAGUUCUUUGAGUUCAUUAAGAAGGAAAGCAUGAAGGAUCUUGUCAAGCACCUGGUUCAGAAUUACCGGCCACAACUUGUCACACUCAGCAGCCUAGAAACGUUCCGCGAUAUGAUUAUCCGUUACGAUCAAACGCAAGGCUUCACGACGGGCAGCGAUUUCCUUUUGGAUGCGGAGGAGGACGUGACGCGUCGGCCGCCAGCGCACGCCAGGAUGAUGGAGCAACUCCAGGUCGAUCCGACCGAAGAAGCGUACUGGAACGAAGACGACGAGGAAGAGCAGCAACCGACGGUCAAUGCGCAGGCAAAGGCUCCCAUUGCUAAUGGCACCUCGCCAUCCACGAGACUAGUCGAUUACCUUUCCGACGGGGACGAAGAGGAGAUGGAGGAAGGCGAUGCUGCAAGCGGCGCGGUCUCAGCCGACGCUGCGACGCCAUCGACCUCGAUCAUCAAAGACGGCGAACUUGCUUUAGUGAACGAUGCGGAGGCAGCCACGAAGAAGCAGGACGCGUCCGUGGAUGGCCCUGAUAAGAUGGCGGUAGCGACCGACGAUCUGGCUGACGUGGAUGGCGUGUCAGAUGCUGGCUCCGUCGUGAGCGAGGCUGUAUCCGAUACGUCGACUACUUCGGCACCGCCUCAAAAGCGACGCCGCGAAGAAGAUGACGACGAUGACGAGCUCGGAAAGCUGAUGCAGAAUAAACGGCGAAACAGCAAGUCGAUGUCGACGAACUCCUCAACACAAUCCAUCCUAAAGAGAAAACAAAGCUUCACUAACAGUACGAGCGGGAGUCCUAAAAUUUCCAUUAGCAUCUCAUCGACAGGUGCGGGGCUUCGAUCAUCAAGCGAAGACUCGUGA